GUGCGGUGACGUAACUUCCUUAUUUUGUGAACGACGAACGGUCGACAAGAGCGGCACGAGAUCGCGUUGUGGUGUCUGGGAGAGACGUCUGAGGUAGAGUGCUGGGGACGGACGUGUCGGAGUGGCGUGCAUCAGUGAAUAAACCAUGCCAGAGAACAGUAACCGAGAGGGCGAGGGUAGUGCCUCCAUCGGAAAAUUCUACCCCGAGGAGAGUGUACGCUCGGCGCUGUCCUACAAGCCUCGAGCCGACGACAUCUUCGUCGUCACACAUUUUCCCCUCUGUGGAGACACCUGGGUGCAACUGAUCAUCUACCACAUUCUCCACAAGAGGGCGCCGCCGGCUCCUCUCUUGGAGCGCGCCGCUCACCUGCCGCACCUCGAAAUGCAGGGCUCCGAUGCUGUCCAGGCCAUGCCGAGACCCGGAAGCAUACGCACCCAUCUUCCUUUCCACCUUGUUCCUCGAGCCGAUUGCGCGAAGUACAUCUACAUCGCGAGAAACCCGUACGACUGCAGCGCGCUCUUCUUCGAACAGAUAUCGAGCGCCCAAGGAAAAAGUAUCGACGAAGCGUUCAAGGCGUUCCCCUUGUUUUUCGAUCAGUUCGUCGAGGGACGAGCCAUCUGCGGUGAUUACCUCGCUGAACUUUUGACCUGGUACAAACGAAGAUUCGACGACAACGUCCUCUUUCUCACGUACGAAGAGCUAGUCGAAGAGAACAAGACGUCAGUCCUCAGGAUCGCCGACUUUCUGGACCAAGAAGGCGACCACGGGAAGAAGUUGAGGCGGAACCGGAAGUUACUUGAGAAAAUCUGCACAGACACGCGACACUGCGGUGUCUGGGAAUGCGUGGACAGCGACACUAAGCAGAAGGCAAAGGACGCUGCCACCAUGUCCGACGACGAGAAACCGGAUUGGGUCAAACGCUUGCAAAAAGCCGGAAACUCGGUGACCUUCGGCAGGCUGUUCGCCAAAUGUGAAGAGGGCAAGGCGCAUCUUAGUCGCGACAGCAUAUUUACACCGGAUAUGCGGCUGAAGCUGCAAGAGCGCGUCAUGGCUGCAGCCGCAACCAGUCGCAGUGUCAUGAGCCUGUGGCCAAGUGACAACUGAAGAGACGAGAGGAUUGGCCUCAUUGGGGGAAAUAUCGGUUUCGCCCUUGACGCAAACAUGCCCCAUUACAAUCAUUUUAAGAAGGUAAAGUGUUUAAUAUCCAUGUAAACAGCCACGCUAAUGUGAGCUGCCACAUUCCUUCACGAGGACCCUAUUUAUGGGACUGCUAUGGAGUGAAAAUUACGAGUGAAAUAAACUUUGUUCAGUACAUGUUAGAAAACAUUGCUGCGCUAUUUACAAUUUGGCAAUAAAACUCGUGGAA